UUUCAAAUUUGAAAUUUAAAAUCUAGAGAAAAUUUCCAACUUUCAAUUUUGUGAAACAAAUUUUGUAAAAAUAAUGAAUACAACACAAAAAUCUGAAUUAAUUGAUGAAAUGAUUGAUGAACUUGAUCGAGUUCGCAUCACAAAACAAAAGCAAAUUGGCUACAUUUCCGAUAUUUGUGAGAAGUCCAAUCACAUCCUUCUCCAAAUUGAAGCUUCACAAAAAGCAAAGACUAGCCCUAGAAAUACCGCAGCUGCCCGAUUUAAAUAUCGUAAAGAAACUUUACACGCUUUAGCCAAGACCAUAGAGACCUUUGAUCGUGUUCUAACGACAAAUGCACAAACUCCAAAUCAUUCAUCUGGAAUUGACUUUGAAACAUAUAUAACCACUACUCGAGCCAAGAUUGACUUUCUGGCGAGUGGAUUGCGUAAACUCUUAGCUUUAAAUGAUACUGUCAAUCAAAUAGGAAGUGAACUUCGUCACGACAGUGAUUUCGAAUUGGAUUCAACAGAUCCUGAUGAAUUCAAUAGUAGCGAAUAAAAAUGCUUUCAAUU